AUGCCGAAAAGACUUGCAGGCUUUGCGAUCUACAUCAUUGACAACAAGGACCGAGAUAUAAAUGACUUCUACGACGUGGAGGACGAGAAGAUUGGCGAGGGGUCAUUUGGACGAGUGUGUAAGUGUGCCAAUCGAUCCACCGGUGCGGAAAGAGCCGUGAAGAUCCUGCGGAAAGUGCGGCGGAAGAGCCAACUCAUUAUGUUUCGCAACGAGCUCACCACUCUGAAGAUGCUUGAUCAUCCUCAUAUUGUGAAGCUGUACGAGCACUUUGAGGACAAGAAGUAUAUGUACAUGGUGAUGGAGUAUUGCCGCGGCGGAGAGCUGUUCGACCGACUGCUGGAAGUCGGGCACUUCACGGAGAACCAAGCGGCAGUCAUCAUGCAGCAAGUCUUUCGCGGGAUUUACUACCUUCACACCAUGAAGGUGGUGCAUCGCGAUCUCAAGAUCGAGAACUUCAUGUUUGCGGGUGAAGGGCCUGUGGAGAGCAACUUGAUCAAGAUCAUCGACUUCGGCUUCGCGCGGUCCUUUGAGGAGGGAGAGGCCGGACCCGGGGUCUGGAAAGAGUGGGCGGCAGCUGGGGGUGCAGGCGAUGAAGACCAAAGUUGGCGCGCCGGAUGCUCGGUGUGCCGCCUCUUUGCGGACAACAGAUCUGGUUUGGAGCUUGUGCUGUCGUUGCACACGCUGAAUGCUGCCAAUGUGCCCCACUGCAUGGCCAAAGGCUGCGAGGAGCUCGAAUGUAGCCAGCCGCUCCGACGCGAACUCACUGCGCUCAGUGCGCUCAGUGCACGAGGCCUCUCGCCUUCUGCCAAAGGGUUGUUAGCACAACGUGCCGGGCAGCGAUGUGCUGCGAGCGACCUGGUCAACGUCAUGUCAGUGGCGAUGCGUAUACCGAAAUGGGCCGAGCUGCGUGCUCAGCGUCUCUGCCGCCGACGCUUCUGUCCCCAUGCUGCUUUCUAUGCAACAAGCAAGCAGAAGGAGCGGCAGAGAGAGCUUGAGCGGGUGGCAACGGUGGUGGAUCGCAACGCGGGCGCUGCGGCAUCCGAGAGACGUGUCGCAGCCGCUUCGGAGACCUCUGGGGACUGGUUCGUGGGAUGCGUGCCGCUGUCUUGCUUGGGACACGACCAGGAGUUGCGUCGGCUUCUGUGGGCGCUCUUCUGGCACCGGCUGGGCCGCGAACUCUCAGGACGCGAGGCGGACGAGCGCGACGGUCAGGCGAUGUCGCUGGAGCUCCGCGUGGUGCGACUUUUUUCGAAUGUGGCGCCGAAGCAGCGGAGUCUCAAGCAGUUGGAUCCAGAUGUGUUGGAGGGCUUGGGUCAAGGACCUUACGAUGUGGUGGCUGUCACCGACAAGCCCGAGCGUGCCCAUGCCCUGAUUUCCUCCCUGACAUGGCCGCUGCGUUUGCGAUUGCUCCAACCCCCGAAAGAGCAACGGCCGUGGAGAUACAAAUGGUUCGACUCGGAGCGUUAUCUUCUGGCCUAUGUGACCCAUCUUCGAAAAGCGGGAUUGGGCCAGCGGCUUGUGCUCUAUGCGGACGCGUUUGAUGUGGCCUUCCUUCACUGUCACCGCGAUCUCAACAAGGCUCUUGAGCGCUUGGGACGCCCUAUGUUCUUCGGGGUUGAGUUUGAUCUCUACCCGGCCGGGCUGUAUGGUUAUCCUGCCGCAGCGGCCGGGAGCCAUGAAAACGCACGACUCCACAUGAACCAGGCCCGGAAGAAGCCAAUCGCCAACUGCCGCGAAGUGUAUCCGCUGCCGCUGAUCUGGGAGCCCAGGCCGCAAGAUGAGCACGAGCCCUGCCUGGCAAUGUCGGAAGUGGGGGGGUUGGCCAGCAGCGGCAACGAGUCGCCAGUGACUUGGCCGCGCCUGGCUGUGCCAGGCGUCCUGAGGGGAAUCGAAAGGUCCGCAAAAAGUAGAUACAAGCAGAAAAACCAGAGGGACUCACAAAUCUAUGAGCCUUUGCAUGCAUUUUUUUUGCCAAACCCCUCGCCACCCGCCCAUCCAUCUCAGCAGCCGGUGGCUGGCGAAUACCUCAACGGCGGCUUCUAUGGUGGUAGAGCGGCAGAUCUUGAACUUGCCCUCAGGAAGCUGCUCGAUCUUCAAGAUCGCUUGCCUGAAGCCAACGCGCGUGGGGAACCCUUCCGCAACCAUGGCAAAACCCACCAGUACCUGUGGAAUCAGUACCUGAUAGAGCAUCCGCAACAGGUCGCGCUGGACUACGGGGGGUCCUUUGUAGUGAACUUGGCACGUCGGUCCAUCGCGGCCCGGCAGUUCGGCAUGGACGAAGGUGGGCAGAUGCGGUCGGUGCUUUUUCAGAAGCCGGUUUGCUUCAUCCAUGCCAACGCCGGCGGCUAUGCGGACAUGACUUUCCACUUGCUGCGGACCGCGCAUUUGAUGCAGGCAGACUCCACUGGAUGGGCGGGCUAUCGGUUUCCGGAUCAGCUGGAUGAGGUGUCAAGGAAAGGGCUACAGGCAGACAAGCUGCGACAGGAUCGCGUGGUUGUGGAUCGUUCCCUUUGCUUUGGGCGCUUCAGUUUGGUCCCACUGUGGCACGGAGUUCUUACCUUUAUCUAUUUGGUGACGCCGUACAAUGCUGCCACUUUUGACGGCUUGCAGUUCUUCAUUGCGCGCCCGCUCAAAGUGGAGCAGCCCUUGUUCGAGAUUGUCGCACUGCAGCUUGGCCUUGUGCAAACACGACGAGAGACUGGAAGAGCAAAGCCCCCGAACGGCACCCACGACUUCGAGGGCAGGAAUCGAUUCGACACGCAGGUCUUUCGAAUGCAGCUGCAGACCGGAGACUGCUUGGGCUGGCGCUGCAGGCAUCGCUGUGACCUCACCUUCGCCGAGCUCACGGCAAGUGGAGUUCCAGAGAGGCUGGGAGUUUGGAGUGGCCACGGCCGGGACUUGGAGCUUGGAGCCAAGAUCUCCUUGGACACCUGGCAGCCGCGGAGCUAUGCGGUAGGUGCGCAGGCUGAGAUCGUUGGCUUCAACUUCUACGAAGCGGAGAUCCUCACGCGCGUGCGCGCUGGAAGCUUCAGCUUCAAUGAUGCGGAUUGGAGGCACGUCUCUGAUUUGGCCAAGGACCUUAUACGUGGUCUGCUUCGGAUGAGUGAAGUGGAAAGAGUCACAGCAAAGCAGGCGCUGUUCGAUCAGUGGAUCAUCCAGACGGCUCCGGUGCUUCGGGCUCCACUCAAGCAGAAGUAUUUCGAGAACAUGCGAAAGUACACUGGGUUCAACCAGUUCAAGCAGGCAAGCCUACAGAUCAUCGUGUCGCAGCUAGAACCCGAGAUCCUCAAGCCCCUGGUUGACACCUUCAUGUGGCUGGACACAUCAGGGGAAGGGCAUAUCGACGCAGACGAAAUCGCAGCAGGCAUGAAGAGAGCUGGUUGGUCGGAGGUGGAAAUGCCUGAUGACCUUGAAGAAAUGGUGAGCGGACUGGACGCGGACGGCAGCGGCGAGAUCGGGCUGGGAGAGUUCGUAGCCUCGGUCAUGGACUUGCAGGUCUACGCCCGCGAGGAAGUCUGCUGGGCAGUAUUUCGCAUCUUUGAUCAAGAUGGGGAUGGCAUGAUUGGGAAUACUGACAUCUAUGAUAUCUUGAACAAUGGGCAAGCUGAUGCAGCCGAGGCGGUGAGUGCUCACAAAUGCCGAGACUUCAUCAAGGAAGCAGAUGAGGACUGCUCAUCGAUGCGCUUUGGUUGUGGCAGGUACUGA